AUGGCCGACAGCGGAUCCGACCGCAGGCCGCCCCCGGAACAGCAGCCUCCGCGCAAGGUAUCGCGCUUUAGCGAGGGCCCUCCGCGUGCGGCACCCGGUGCCCCGCCCCAGCACCCGGGGCUCGCCGCGCCGGCCUUUGCGCCCCCCCCCUUCGGCCAUCCGCAGCACUUCCAGCAGCAGCCGCGCCCGGGCCCUCCCCAUAGUCAUCACUCCCAUGGCCACCACCGUCCUCAUCACCCUCCGCAACCGUACCAGCGCCACCCUCAGCACCCUCACCCGCACUAUUCCCAGCAGCAGCAGCAGCAGCAGCAGCAGCAGCAUCCCCACUACCGCCACCACCACCCUGGCCAUCACCACAACCAUGCCCAUCAUGGCGGCCCCUCUCAGCCGCGGAAUAUGAUGAGUGUCGAGGCCAAUUACAAUCGCCGUGCCACCGAGCGCUUCGAGGACCGCCAGCAGAGCAAGAUCCUGCCCCUGCGUUCGCUGAACAACUUCAUCAAGAGCCUGCUGAUCUCGGAGUUCCUGCCGGCCCCGGGGGCCCGAGUGCUCGAUCUGUGUUGCGGCAAGGGCGGGGACAUCCCCAAAUUCCAUGCCGCCUCCAUCCGGUAUCUCUUCGGCGUGGACAUCGCGGCCGGGGCCGUGGACGAGGCCCGGCGCCGGGCUGGCAUCCGCCGGGGCUGGCGCUCGCAGCCGCGCGGCCCGGCCAGCCCGGCCUCCCCCGACCCGCCGGCCCCCUUCGAGCAUGAGUUCCAUGUGGUGGAUCUCUUCAAUGUGGACCUCGUCGACACCGGGCUCCUGAAGGCCGACAAUCCGAACCACUACUUUGACCUGGUCAACUGCCAAUUUGCCCUGCACUAUGCUUGGGAGUCGGAGACCAAGGCACGGCAGAUGCUGAAGAACGUCUCGCAACGCCUGAAGCCUGGGGGCUACUUUGUCGGGACCAUCCCCAAUGCCGACUGGAUUGUGAAAAAUGCCCGCCAAAAAGGAACAGCCAAGAUUGGCAAUGACAUCUUCUCGAUCACCCUCGACGACCCGGAGCAUUUUGGCCCCUUUGCCUCGCGCUACGUCUACUUCCUGGAAGAUGCCGUGGACAAUGUGCCGGAGUUCCUCAUCCCGAUCAAUGUGCUCCAGGCGCUGGCCUUCGAGUAUGGCCUGGAGCUGGUGCUCUUCCGAAACUUCCACGAGUACUUCUACGAGCGGGCUCACUGGCACCGGGGGAAGCACAUCCUCCGGGAACGUUUCUUCGAUGGACAGGGCAAUUUCCAGGAGAAGUACUGGGAGGCCUCAGGCAUCUACUCGGCAUUCUCCUUCCGGAAGAUGCUUUCGCCGCCCGCCCUGCCUGCCACCGUCCCGGCAUCGGGUGACUCGGCCCCCGGCGAUUCGACGCCCACCCAGGCGGCCCCGGCCGACAGUCAGCACAAGAGUGCCGACAGCCCGCCGGCCGAGAACACCUCUCCCUAGAUUAGACUUUGGCCGAGGGCAGAGCCCAGGAGUGUGCCACUCUGCCCGGUGGUGCGGGGCUUUCUCAUUGUCCCCCCGACCGUCGCCUGGCCGUGGGCAUUCUGCAUAUCUCCGACAGGAGCGGAAGAAGGAAAUACACACGCAUCUGUACCCCUGCGCCACACCCGAGAUGCCGCGGGACGGAUGUCCCCCGCCCCACCCCGCCUGGGCGAUGCGUCGACGGAAAUCCACAGGGUGUGUUGUAUUGACUCUCGCACACGCAGGGAAGGGAAGAUACCACAUGAGGUGCGCGUGUGGGAAGAUGCCGCCUCCCGGAGGCUGGCGGUCAGGCCAGGGCACCCAGAGAGGCGCGAGCGAGGAGGGAGGAAGGACGACGGAGGGGGGGGGGAGGGCAGGGGAAGAAGAGAGGAGAAGGAAGGAGAAAAGGAGAAGAAGCGGGAAAGGAGAGGAAGCAGAGGAGGCGGCACAAGGGGAAAGACAGGGGAGGGGGGGGGGGGGGGAGGAAAGCAAAAAGAAGGAUAACUCCGGAAGAGGGACGCAGGAGGAAGGCCCAUGGGUCCUGACCCACACCGCGGACAAAACUCCGUGUCCCAGCGGUGGACAGGGCCCACUGCGCGCCUGUGCCAGUGUCCGCGUGCCUUCUUCCCGGACACACGAACACACAUACACACCUGCUCGCUGCUCCUCCUCGAGCUCCUGGCCAAGUGGGACCAGCAGCCCGGCAAUCCGAGGGAGGAGGACGAGCGAUGAGCCACGUCCUGUCCUGGGGCCCCCUUCGGGAGAGCACCAGGCCUUCACCACACCGUGCCGGCUGGUGAUCUGGCUUUCUUUUUUCCUCGCCAUCUCUCCAUGUCGCGCGCGCGCGCGCGCGCCUUCGCCUCGUCCCUGGGUGUGCGCCUCUGCGUCCUGCCUUUGGGCGCGCUGGCGGCGCUUGCCUGUGACAUCACCUUCCCGAUAUGCCGGGAGGGCGGCUCCCUCUUCGCCCCCCCCCCCCCCCCCCCC